CCAAAAAAAGCUCCAUCGCGACAGCGAGGUCGGUGUGUUCUGGCUCUGAUCAUUCUCCUCCGCCUCACACACCAUGUCGGUGCAAACCUCCGGGGGAGGGGAGCACGCAAUUUAUACUGAACAAACAUAAAACACGCAGACCCGCACCCCACCCAGACCCGGGAUUGGCACUGAGCCAUCAAACUGCCCUGUGGUCACCCGGGGCGGUAUCGGCCAAUUCCGGGAUCGCGUUUCCGACUUGAAGCGACCGGCGGCCUCCGUCCGGGCAGAGGCAGAGACAGAGACAUCGGCUACCUGUUGUAAGUUAUGUGAAAAGAAUGUCGUUGUCAUCUCAGGAGAAGCCCAAAGUUGUACUGAGAAAGAAGACAGCUGAGUCAGCAGCAAGUAAUCCUCCAGCUGCCACUGUUAAACCAUAUCCCAGGCCCAGUGACCGGCUAAAUCCAAAAACUAUCAAUCCUUUCAGUGACCCACUGAAGCAACAAUCUGUAUUUGCUGCAGCAUAUGCUAAGAGAGAGAUUCCUUGCAGGUUGUUUCAUGGUUCAGUAAGUCAUAGACUACAAUGGGAUCAGCCACCAGAGACCGUUUGCUUUGAUCCUCUUCUUACUACUUUAGCUGAGGGAUUAAUAGAAACUAAACACCCUUACACAUUUGUAGCCAAGGAAGGUUUUAAAGAAUUGCUGGAGAUUGAAGAUGCUGCUGAGAAAGCUAUUCCACUCGUUCCAAAGGUGGUUCCGAAGUUAAAAGCCGCUCUGGCACAUUCAGAUGUUGAGGUUUUUGAGAGAGGAUUGUGUGCUUUGGUCCAGCUUAGUGCUGUUGUUGGUCCAGCUGUAAAUAGCCAUCUUAAACAUCUGUUAACUAGUCUGUCAAAAAGACUAAUGGACAAAAAACUUAAGCAACCAAUCACAGAUGCCCUGCAGAGAUUGGAACAGCAUGGUGGAAAGGAGAGUUUGGCCAUCAUUAAAUCGAAAAUACCAACCUAUUGCUCUAUUUAUACUUGAGAAAAAGACAACUUCUGCACUCAGUCGUACAUUUCUGCAUCCAGACGGAUAUCAUGGAUAACAAGAACAGCUUGCAGGAGUUCUGUCUGAUAGUAUGAUGUACUGUUUCAUGUUAUGUAGUUUUGCAUUCAAAUCAAAUAAAUAUUCUAAUCGAAUUUAUGUUGAGUGAGGGUGAGUCCUGCUCUUCUUUAAUAGAGAAAGGAAUCUGUUUUGAUUUGGUCAACAAUUUAUUGUUCUCUUGCUUCAGGAAAAAAAAAUGAGUUGUCUAAUAAGUUCCCUGAAAUUGUGCAUAACACCAAGUUGAG